GCGCGUUCUUUCCCUUCCAUCGGCCGAAGUGUGAGGCGGCGUGUGUUCGCUCGUGCACAGUGAAAUUCUUCCUCUGUUGACACACAUUGCGUGAAAUCAAGAUGCCUCCAAAGAAGGGAGAUGGACCAAAACAGGCGCCCCUGAUUGGACGCUUUGGGACUUCGUUGAAAAUUGGAAUUGUUGGGCUGCCAAAUGUGGGAAAGUCAACGUUCUUCAAUGUUCUGACUAAGAGUCAAGCAGCAGCGGAGAACUUUCCGUUCUGCACCAUCGACCCGAACGAGAGCCGCGUGCCCAUUCCAGAUGAACGUUAUGACUUCUUGUGCCAGUACCACAAACCGGCCAGUAAGGUUCCAGCGUUUCUGAGCGUGGUGGAUAUUGCAGGCUUGGUGAAGGGUGCCCACGCGGGACAAGGUUUGGGAAACGCUUUCCUCUCUCACAUCAGUGCCUGUGAUGGCCUCUUUCACAUGACACGAGCUUUUGAGGAUGAAGACAUCAUUCAUGUUGAGGGCUCCGUUGAUCCGGUAAGGGAUAUGGAGAUCAUUCAUGAGGAGCUGAGGCUGAAAGACGAGGAGAUGAUCGCUCCAAUCCUAGACAAGCUUGAGAAAACCGCCGUCAGGGGAUCGGACAAAAAACUCAAACCUGAAUAUGACAUCAUGUGUAAGGUCAAGGCAUGGGUGGUCGACGACAAGAAACAUGUCCGUUUUUGCCACGAUUGGAACGAAAAAGAGAUUGAGGUCUUAAAUAAGUAUCUGUUUCUGACAUCCAAGCCAAUGAUCUAUUUAGUGAACCUCUCGGAGAAAGAUUACAUCAGGAAAAAGAAUAAAUGGUUGGUGAAGAUCAAGGAGUGGGUGGAUGCUCAUGAUCCAGGUGCGCUGGUCAUCCCGUUCAGUGGAGGAUUUGAGAGCAAGCAUCAGGACAUGACCGAUGAAGAACAACAGAAAUAUUGUGAGGAGAACAAAACACAAAGUGUUUUGACUAAGAUCAUCAAGAGCGGGUACGCGGCCUUACAGCUGGAGUAUUUCUUCACCGCCGGACCGGACGAAGUGCGCGCAUGGACUGUCAGGAAAGGCACCAAGGCCCCGCAGGCUGCUGGAAAGAUCCACACAGACUUUGAGAAGGGAUUCAUUAUGGCUGAAGUCAUGAAGUAUACAGAUUUCAAAGAGGAGGGCAGUGAAAACGCUGCUAAGUCCGCAGGGAAGUACAGACAACUGGGACGGAACUACACUGUGGAAGACGGUGACAUCAUCUUCUUCAAAUUCAACACACCGAGUCAGCCAAAGAAGAAAUGAUGUCACGGUGGAUCAGAUGGACUAUACAGCUCGGCCUGUGGGCAGCAUUAUGUGGCAACUGUGGCGAGUCUCUACGCUUUUGGCUUUGGAACAUUCAGAACACAAUGGCACCGCAGUGGUGUAUGUUUUUUUUAUUUUAUUCUUUUGGCUGAUGGUUGAGAUUAACAUUACGGCUGCACCGCUUACAAAAGCUGCAUGUUACACUUCAAUUCAGGCUGUAAAUAAUAAAACACAUCCUCAGACCAAA